AUGCUCCAGCUUCGGAUGUCCAUGUCUGCGGUCGGCUCCGCCUUCCCGUCAGCGGUCCUCCGAAGCUUCCAGCCACCAGCUCUCCGCCAUGCUGCUGCGUUGCGCGGCUUCGCCACCAGGAGAUCGGAUGGGGACUCCAAGGGGAGCAGCCUUGCGGGCGAAACGGUGGCUGCCCUGCGCGAAAACACGGGGUCCCAAUCGGUGAUGCUCCGAACCUACAAGCCACGGACGCCCGGCGUGCGGCACCUGAGGCGGCCCGUCAACGAUCAUCUGUGGAAGGGACGGCCGUUUCUGCCGCUCACGAUUCCGAAGAAGGGACACGGCAAGGGUGGAAGGAACGUGUACGGGCGCAUCACGGUGAGACAUCGCGGCGGCGGCGCGAAGCGGAGGAUACGGACCGUCGACUUUGAGCGAUGGCGGCCCGGACCGCACCUGGUGGAGCGCAUCGAAUACGACCCGGGUCGGAGCGCGCACAUCGCGCUCCUCACGGAAAAGGUGACGGGGCGGAAGUCGUACAUUGUCGCGUCGGAGGGCUUGAGGGCCGGCGACGUGGUGCACAGUUACAGGUCAGGCAUCCCGCAGGAUCUCCUCGACAGCAUGGGCGGCGUCAUCGAUGCCGGUAUUCUGGCGGCGAAGACGGCUUUCCGGGGCAACUGCCUGCCGAUGCACAUGAUUCCGGUGGGGACCCAGGUGUUCUGCGUCGGGUCGGCGGCGAAGCGCGGCGCCGUCUUCUGCCGCAGCGCGGGCACGUCGGCGACGAUCGUGAACAAGAACGAGGAGACGCGGGAUGACGGCACCCGCAUCAUGACGGGCAAGUACGUCGAGGUGCGGCUGCAGAGCGGCGAGGUGCGGCGGGUGAGCAAGAACGCCUGCGCCACCAUCGGCGUCGCCAGCAACGUGCAUCAUCACUACCGCCAGCUGGGCAAGGCCGGGCGAAGCCGGUGGCUCAACAUUCGACCCACGGUUCGCGGCGUGGCCAUGAACAAGGUGGAUCACCCUCACGGCGGCGGCCGCGGCAAGUCCAAGAGCAACCGACACCCCGUCACCCCAUGGGGCCGACCUACCAAGAGCGGCUACAAGACGCGCCGGACGCACAACGUCAACAAGUGGGUUGUGACGCCGCGCGUGCGCAAUCACGGCAAGCGGAGAGACAAGAGAUCGUCGAAGGAGUAG